AAUAAAAAAAAAUUAAAAUCUCACGCUGUAUUGAAUUGAAUGUACGAACUUAUCACUAGAAACCUCUCUGUAUUUUACCUGCGAAACUGAGCUCUGUAGAGUUGAAAAAUGGUGAGGAUAUUACCUAUGGCGUCGUCGAUGAGACCGUCGCUAUCUUCUUUCAGACUCUCUCAGACUUGCCGUUUCUCUUCUCUUGCUGUUUUUCCGUUCACCGCUUCUUCUCGCAGAUUCGUUAAUCUCGGCAGUGCUGUUCCACAAUCACAUUUAUUUGGAUUGAAAGCGCCAUCUAAGCUUUGGAGAGGAGAGAAUUGUAGUAGUAAUAUCGGUGUGGCGGCAGCUGGAAGUAUGGCGCAAGCAAGUACAUUUGCUUCCCAAGAAAAUGCUUUAGAAUGGGCUAAAAAUGACAAGCGGAGAAUGUUACAUGUUGUUUAUCGUGUUGGGGAUCUUGACAGGACCAUAAAAUUCUAUACCGAGUGUUUGGGAAUGAAGCUUCUGAGGAAACGUGACAUACCGGAGGAAAGAUAUACAAAUGCAUUUCUUGGAUAUGGACCGGAAGAUUCUCACUUUGUUAUAGAACUUACUUACAAUUAUGGAGUUGACAAAUAUGAUAUUGGAACUGGAUUUGGACAUUUUGGAAUUGCAGUUGAGGAUGUUGCCAAGACAGUUGAGCUCAUAAAGGUUAAGGGUGGCAAAGUGACUAGAGAACCUGGUCCAGUCAAAGGUGGAAAGACAGUGAUUGCAUUCAUUGAAGACCCUGAUGGUUAUAAGUUCGAACUUUUGGAAAGGGGACCAACACCUGAGCCUCUUUGUCAGGUUAUGCUUCGCGUUGGUGAUCUUGAUCGUUCUAUCAAUUUUUAUGAGAAGGCUUUUGGCAUGGAGCUUCUUCGCAAACGGGAUAAUCCAGAAUACAAGUAUACAAUAGCAAUGAUGGGAUAUGGUCCUGAAGACAAAAGUGCAGUACUGGAGUUGACAUACAACUAUGGAGUCACUGAAUAUGAUAAAGGAAAUGCUUAUGCUCAGAUUGCGAUAGGCACAGAUGAUGUUUAUAAAACAGCAGAAGGAAUCAAAUUGUUUGGAGGGAAAGUUACUCGGGAACCUGGACCAUUACCUGGCAUCAACACCAAGAUAACUGCAUGCUUGGAUCCUGAUGGUUGGAAGUCGGUUUUUGUAGACAAUAUAGACUUUCUAAAGGAAUUUGAGUGAGCAUUUUUAGAGGAGCAACCCUAUACAAAUCAUCGAAUGACAGGUUUAGAAUUCUGAGCCAAAAUAUGAUUUUGAAAAGCUAUGACCUCACCUGUGAGAUAAUGGAUACAGAUCCCAUUUUGUAGAUAAGAUUAAAAAAACUCCUUCACAAUGACCGUAUCAAUGAACAUCUUCCAGGAGAAUUUCAGCAAUGAAAGGAAGUUAGAGAUAUUAUCUGUUCAAUUUUAUUCCCCGUUUCAUCGUUGAGAAAAUAUCUUGUAAGCAUGGUGUAAGGAUACUUGCAAUUGUUGUAUUGUACCAAUUAGAUCACUGUUCUCAAUAUAUGCAUCCCACAAAUAUAUCAAAGGUUAAUGCCUUGAAGUUCA